AUGGUCUUGGAAGACAUCCUGUUGAGUGGAAACACUUCUAUGGCAAUUAAACCACCUCCGUUUUGGAAAAACAAUCCAGUGUUAUGGUUUGCACAGUUAGAAUCGCAAUUUUCAAUUUCUCAAAUUUCUACCGACGCUACCAAAUUUCAUCACGUUGUAGCGGCUAUUGAAUCUGAUAUACUUAACUCUGUUCAGGAUUUAGUUUUAAACCCACCUGCUGCAAACAAAUAUACAGCUUUAAAAAAUCGCUUAAUUAGUAUUUUUUCAGAGAGUGAAGCUUCUAAAAUUAGAACACUUUUGCAAGGACUAGAGUUAGGUGAUCAACGUCCCUCCUAUUUGUUAGCUCGAAUGCGAGAAUUAGCAGAAUCUCAUCUUAGCGAAAACAUUCUUAAAUCGCUGUGGUUAGCCAGAUUGCCUCAAAAUAUACAAGCUAUUCUUGCUGCUUCAAACGAAAAUUUAACUCAAUUAGCUGCAAUGGCUGAUAAGAUUAUUGAACUCGCUAGCCCUAUUCAAAUAAAUUCUGUUGAAUCAGUUGUAACUAGCGCUAAUCCUACAGUUUAUGAUCAAAUUUCUGAACUUACUAAACAAAUUAAUGAACUAAAAACUAGUUUUCAGGAAGCUCAGCAAAAUAGACAAGGACGUGAGCGAACUAAUACCUAUCGGG